AUGAGUCCCUUCUGUUUUCAACUGAUAUUAUGGGCGCUCUAUUCCUUGAUUAUUCCUCAGAUCUCCUCUGUUCCAGUCCCCGAAGACCUCCACACGCAAGACUUUAACCCUGGAACGACGCCUACACCACGAAGCCUCGCCGUUCCUCAUUUACUUGAGAGUCGUGCCUCUACCUCGCCACCUCAUGGAUGUUUUCGAGAGGGAAAACAAAUCAACCCGAAGGGGAAAGGCAAAUACGCAUAUGCUAUCUUCAAUAAUUACAACCAAAAAUAUGCGAAAGUGUUUAUCAAGCGCAAAUUAGGGGAGGGGGGCCAAGGCGAGAUCUGGGACGCAGAACUCGAGUACCUCAGCCUGCCACAGGACAGGCCCUGGGGGGUUCAACCCAAUGACCCACAGCCCGUUGUGGUCAAAACAGCACCGGGAGGGUCUUUGUUAGACACAUCAGACCUUCAACAAUUGAUCGACAGCCGCUUUGUUAUGAGGUUCAAGGAGCGUUUCUGGUCACCACGCGUCAUGGAAUCGGUCCUCGUGAUGCCAAAAGGCAGGAUUGAUUUGAUGGACGCCCUAAACGACAACAUGAGAAUCAAUGUCCCGCGUAUAAUACAAGGGGCUGGAUUGGGAUUAUUAGCUGCCCAUGCCAAAAGAAUCGUCCAUCGGGAUAUUAAGCCCGAGAACAUUCUGUUGUGGCGACACGGUGUGUGGGUGAUCGAUUGGGAUUGGGCUAAAAUGAUGGAUGAUGGAAUUACCACAUCCACCGAACUCACGGGAUCACCAGACUACCAGAGUCCAGAGGCCCGAGACGGCGAAUAUGAUGUCUACAAAAAUGAUGUUUGGGGAUUAGCCAAGACAUAUCUGACAGCCGAUCAAUGGCACAAAUUGGGAAAUCAGCAUUAUCAUGACUGGUUGACGGAGGAACUACAGCGGCCUAAGACAUACAAGGACACCGACUCCUUUUUGGAAGGCCAGUUCUCCGAAAGAGUGUUGUCCAAAGCUAAGAGGAGGGUGAUGGCAAAAGGCUUAUGCCAACAAGGUUCAAGAUUCCCACUACAGAGAUGGAUAGAGGAGUUCGAAAAGGCCGAAAACCUCGGACCUCCUGAAGAGGAGACGAACUAA